AAGACAGAUCCAUGAGCAUGAACAGGAAAACGAAUUACGUGAACAGAUGUCUGGCUACAAGCGGAUGCGAAGACAGCACCAGAAGCAGCUGAUGGCUUUAGAGAAUAAGCUGAAGGCUGAGAUGGACGAACAUCGUCUUAAGUUGGAGAAGGAAGUAGAGACCCAAUGUAACAAUGCGUCUAUUGAACUGGAGAAAUUAGCGAAAAAACAUCAGAUUUCUAUGGAAAAAGAGAUGAAGUUAGCAGCGCAGGAUGAGAGGAAAAUCCAGCAGCAAAUUACAGCCCAACAGAAAAAGGAAUUGACCACCUUCCUAGAAAAUCAGAAGCGCCAAUACAAACUUUGUAAAGAAAAGAUUAAAGAGGAGAUGAAUGAAGAUCACAGUACACCGAAGAAGGAAAAGCAAGAGCGAUUAUCCAGGCAUAAAGAAAACCUUCAGCACACGCAGGCUGAAGAAGAAUCCCAACUUCUUGGCCGUCAACGAUUGCAAUACGAUCGAAACUGUCGUGAGCUUAAACGGAAGUUGAUGAUGAUACGACACAAUCUGGAGCAGGAGCAUCUACGUGAGGAAGUGAAUAAGAAGCAAACUCAAAAGGAGAUGGAGCAUGCCAUGUUAAUUCGUCAUGAUGAGUCGACGCAAGAACUUGAAUUCCGACAACUUAACAUGUUGCAAAGACUUAGGAUUGAUCUAAUCCUACAGCAUCAGACUGAGCUGGAGAAUCAAACGGAGUAUAAUACCCGUCGAGAGCGGGAACUACACAGAAAACAUGUCCUGGAGCUCAGACAACAGCCAAAGAGCCUAAAGGCUAUGGAGCUACAGAUAAAGAAGCAGUUUCAAGACACAUGUAAAGUCCAAACAAAACAGUACAAAGCACUGAGGAACCACCAGCUGGAGGUAACUCCAAAAAGUGACCAUAAAAUGGUCCUAAAAGCACUUAAAGAGGAACAAACAAGGAAACUGGCCAUCCUGGCAGAACAGUAUGAACAAAGUAUCAAUGAGAUGAUGGCCUCACAGGCGCUGCGGCUAGACGAGGCUCAGGAAGCAGAGUGCCAAGCUCUGAAACAUCAGCUUCAGCAGGAAAUGGAGUUACUUAAUGCCUAUCAGAGUAAAAUUAAGAUGCAGACUGAAGCACAACAUGAGCGAGAGCUUCAGAAAUUGGAGCAGCUGGUGUCACUGCGCAGAGCACGCCUAUGA